UAAUUUUUGGGAGUGAAGAGAAUUAAAAUGUUUUCAAAACAUAUUCUAGUCGUAUUGGGUUGCGUUAUUGCAGGAAUACUUGCCGCGCCAGCAGAUCUUCCCCCGGAAAAGUUGCAACCCACUGUUAUCCCGAUAGUGGCACAAUCUGAGGAGUUGGAGCCCAAUGGAACUUAUAAAUUCAGCUAUGAGACUGGCAACGGCAUCAUGCGUGAGGAAACUGCGUACGAAAAAAUAUUACCCAGGGCACGUGAUGCAAACAGCAGUGAAGGGGGUGAAGAUGAUGAAGGUGACAGCAAUGAGAUUCAUGUACAGCGCGGUUCUUACUCCUAUACAGCCCCAGAUGGAACUCUUAUUAGUGUGAGUUACAUUGCCGAUGAAAAUGGAUUCCAGCCAAUUGGUGAUCACCUUCCAAGAUCUCCAGUUUUAGUUCCAGCUUCAAAUUCAGUUGAGAAAUCAGGUCGAGCCUUAAAAAUAGCCGACAGUUCAGAAUCUGCAUCAGCUCCAGCUGAAGUUAAAGUAGAUGAACCUAUUGAGUCUGCUAAAAAAGAAACUAAACCAGAGGCUGCCCCUGCUGCAAUAUCUGAAGAAACAAAAUCUGUACCAGUUGAUGAAGCAAAACCCGAGUCUGCACCCGUUCCAGUUGAUGAAGCUAAGACUGAAUCUAUUCCUGCGUCACUUAUUAAAAAUAAUAAGCCAGAGUCCAUUUCUACUCCUACUGUAGAACAAAUUGAGACCACCUCUUUACCCGCCGCAGUUGACCAGGAAGCUAAGUCUGACACGGACGGGUCAACUACUGAACAAGCUGCAGAAGCUAAAUCAACGUUGACUGAGACUGGACUACAAACAACAGAACCAACAUCUACUGUUGCAGAAGCCAGUACAACUGAAGUUAGUGAAGCAACAUCAGCGAAUGUAGAAGUGAGUACUGAAGCAGCUUCAACAACGGUGUCUGCUCAGUCGACAACUGAGUCUGAGCAAACGUCCACUGCUUCACCAGAUCAGGCUUCUAUAUCUAUACCACAAUCAACUGCUUCCAAUGAAGAAUCUGAACAGUUAUCUUCUACUUCAGCUCCUGAGUCAGCGAGUUCAGGAGGAGUCGUUGGACCAUCAAUAUCUACGGAAGCUGUUGAUCAGUCUUCUAUGGAAGAGGUUAGACAAUCUUCAACAAAUGCCCCUGAAUCUACUUCUACUGAAAAGUCAAGCUCAGCUACCACAGCUUAACACACUGCUU